GUAAAAAGAAUUAUAUUUAUUAUGUGAGUACAUGCGAAUAAAUGUAAUAACUAAAUUAUUGAUUAAACAAUGGAAACAGAGGAAUAUGAUUUAAAAAAACAACAAUUAUUACAUACAAAUAAAGACUGUAUGCAUAAAAAUCAAACUCAAAAUGAACAUAUAAAUAAUUUAUUUAAUAAACGUUUUACAAUUGUAAAUAAUGAAUGUUAUACAAUGCCUGAACCAACAACAAUGUUUAAAGAUUGUUUAUGGACAGUUGAUGAAUUACAAUUAAUAAAAAAUGAAUUGAAUGCCAUAAAGAAUUGCUUAAAUAAUUAUGAUCCUGAUAAAUGGCAAUUACAUACAAGAAUAAGAAACAGUGCAAAAGAUGUUAUGACUCGAUUGAAAACUUAUAUUCAGCCAGAACUUUUAACUCAAGCAUGGUGUAAAUUUUAUGAAAUAGUAUCAUCGUUUCCUUUAAUACCAAUGAAUUAUAUUCGUAAUAAUAAUAAAUGUUUUAAAUCUGUUCAUUUAUGUGAAGCACCUGGAGCUUUCAUCACAUCUUUAAAUCAUUGGUUAAAAACAAAUGUUCCUAAUAUUAAAUGGGAUUGGCUUGCUAUGACCUUAAAUCCAUAUUAUGAAGUAAUGUGAGUGUUAUAAAACCAGCAACAAGUAAAGAAGGAAAUUCAGAAACAUAUGUUGUAUGUACAAACUUUAAAGGGCCAACAUUUAUCUCACCUUAUUUAGAAAAAUUAAAAGAGCAUUAU